AUGGUGCUUCAAGCUCAGCGGAAGGCGUUUUUAACCAUGGAAGAUGUGAAUGCCAUCUUCACUAUGAUUUGCAGCUUCUUUGGUAUCGGAACGCUCUCCAUGCCGUCAAACUUUGCUCGUGCGGGACCUGUAUAUGGCACAUUUGCCAUGCUUCUCAUGGCGUUUGCUAAUAUCUACGCAACGAUCGCUUUAUCCCGAGUGAUGCUCGUUGCGCCGGUAUCUGUCCGAACAUUCACAGACGUUGGUGACUGGGUCUUUGGCAGACCUGGACGCUAUGUCGUGAUUGUAUCCCAAUUACUUGUUUGUUUGCUUGUACCUUGUACGUUUUUGGUGCUCGGGAGUACAAUAUUGAACGUUCUUUUCCCGGAUACUUUUAGUCAAAGCUUUUGGAUCAUCUUUAUGGCUAUCACAGUAAUUCCCUCGUGUUUAAUACCGACAUUGAAAGAAGCAAGUCUUGUAGCGUUUGUUGGAUGUCUUUGUACAUUUGUCGCUGUUGUGGUUGGAGUUGGAAUUUUGGAGUGGGAAAUGCGCGGUCAUCCAUCUGUCCCGGCACCAAAUAUAACGCUGCAUCAAGUACUUACAACAUUUGGGAAUCUGGCGCUGGCGUACGGUGCGUCCAUUAUUGUACCCGACAUACAGCGUCAGCACUCAGAUCCCUCUCGCAUGAAUCGAAUAAUUCUCGUCAGUUUGAUAACGGGCUCAAUCUUUUUUUUAAUUGUAGCCAUCGUUGGAUACGAUGCUGGUGGGUGUCAAUUAUCCAUGAAUCUCUUGGUUUCGAUUGUAAAUAUAUCAGAUCCAACGUCGCCUUCAGCUUUAGGUUUCAUCCCUCAUCACGGUGCUGUGAUCUUGGCGUAUAUAUCCAUGCAAAUUCACGUUGUCAUAGCCUUUUCAACGAUUAUUUACCCGUCGUUCUACAUGGCAGAACGAGUUCUUCUUGGGAUGCACAAAACGGUUUCGCUUAUCAGCUCAGAAAAAGAAUAUGAAAGAAAAUCAAGUACCCGUGGCCAAGCCACAGCCGAUCUUGAGGGUGACUUUAAGCUUAGUGAUUUAAGUACCCCGAGCUUUACACUGAUGGCUGAACACCAACGGGAAGAUUAUGUUUUGCAGGAAGUCUCAGCGUAUCGAGGUACAAGUACCAUCCUUCGUUACGUGACGUUACGUCUGUGCAUCAUUGCAACGCUAGUGGCAGUGUCUAUCAGUCUUCGCAACAAUUUUUUUCAUCUUGUGGACUUUACAGGUGCUUCAGCUAUCACAAUCUGCUGUCUCGCUCUACCUCUGUGUUUUUAUCUCAAGGUUUUCUGGAAUGAACUACCUGGGUACGAGCGUGUCAUAGCCGUCGCGAUUCUCCUCAUUUGCUGUGUUGUCGGUUGCUACGUCAUGAUUAUUGCCGGAAAAUGUCUCUUUGACCCAAUUACUGAGACUGCUACAUUUCCAUACUGCCCAGUCGAGAAUCAGAUGGAGCCAUACUACGUUCGAGACUCGUCCAUUCGAUUGUAA